AUGUACUCGAAUGGUAUUCGAGUGACCCAUGUGGAGAUCGGCGAAGAUGGCCGACCCCGGGUUGGGUAUGAAGACCUCAAUAAUAAUGGACAUAAAACCAUUGUCGAUGCAGAUCGUGUGAUCAUGGCGGAUGGAUCUAACUCAAGACUGCGCCAUGUAUUCGUCGCUGCUUCUACCGAUGUUCCACAAUACGCCGGCUAUGUUGCGUGGAGAGGUGUUGUAAAAGAGUCUGAAGCCUCAAAAGCUACCCAUGAAGCCAUCGGGACCUCGUUCUUGGUACAUAAAUCCUCACCAAACUAUAUCCUUGUUUACACAAUACCAGGCCCCACGGGGAGCAACAAGGUUGGAGAACGACUUUUCAACUUCGUAUGGUACAAUCAGAUUUCCGAGACCUCUGAGGAGUUCAGGACUAUUAUGACUGAUGUAAAUGGCCAUCGGCACCGCACGACUAUCCCACCGGGACUUAUGGAUACUGAGGUGUGGGAAUGCCAGAAGUCGUAUGGCCGGAAAGUGCUUGCGCCGCCAUUUAUUGAAUUGGUUGAGAAGACAGAACAGCCUUUCAUCUCCACUGUACGAGAAGCCCACGCUUUCCGAUCUUCAUAUCAUGAAGGACGCAUUAUGACCAUUGGGGAUGCCCUCGCCACGUUCCGCCCCCAUAUUGCAAUGAGUGUAAAUCAAGCCGCACUGAAUUGCCUUCAUCUGGAGCGCAUGUUGGAUGGUGAGAUUACAGCACAGGAGUGGACAAUGGAAGUGGAGCGAUACAGCCGUGCGACUGCCCGCCUGAGCACAUUGGCUGGAGACUUUGUCAUGUUUGGUAUCUCAAUGCGUUUGUUGCUUAGUGCAGCAGCUUAUCUUUGGGAGUUGGCUUUGAAUAGCGUUUUCUAG